ACAAACUUUUGAAAAACAAAGAUAGAGACAAAGAGAGAAUCUUGAAAGCAGCAAGAGGGAAGUGACUCAUCCUAUACACUGUUGCAAAUAAGAUUACAGGCAAUUUCUCCUCAGAAACUUUGGAGGCCAGAAGGGAGUCUUGCAGGGUGAAAUGAAAAGAUAUUUGACAGAAGAAUGGAAAUCAAUAGGAAAUUUCUAACAUGGAUAUGGAUUUUAUUUCCUGUAUGGAUCAUGUAUGGUCUCAAAAUGUUCUGCUUGAAAACUGUCUGCCCUCUUGAGAUUCUCCACGUCUUCCCAAACCACUGUACCAUGAAUGUUAAAUCUGCAAGGAUAGAAGCUGUAUAAAAUUCUUAUCUGAUCUUAGGAAAACGAGAGAAAAGAAUGAGAUACAAAAGAAAAACAAUUAAACUGUUAUUGCUUUCAUUGUUUCUAUGGGCCUUACAUAGAAAGUGUCAUAUCAGCCCAAAGAAACUACAGAGGGUGUAUCGGUGCUGGUCUGUGGAUACUCAAUCAGAAGAAUUAAAGCUGUCAGACUGGUUUCUUCCCAGUGCAUCCAAAAACUUGACUACUACCAACUGGUCAGCUCCGGUUGUGUGGGAUGGCACUUACAAUGAAAGAAUAUUGGAAAAUUAUUAUGCAAAUCAUAAAAUUACAGUGGGGUUGACUGUGUUUGCUGUGGGAAGAUACCUUGAGCGCUAUUUGAGAAGAUUUAUAGCAUCUGCUGAUAAACAUUUUAUGGUUGGCCAGAAAGUCAUAAUUUAUGUCCUGACAGAUGACUUCUCCCACAUGCCAUGGAUACAGCUGAGUCCCCUCCAUACCAUGAAAGUUUUUGAAAUUAAGCGAGAGAGGAGAUGGCAAGAUGUCAGUAUGAUGCGCAUGAAGACUAUCAGUGAACAUGUUGUAAAUCACAUCCAAUAUGAAGUUGACUUCCUCUUCUGCAUGGACGUGGAUCAAAUCUUCUUAAGAAAAUAUGGAUUGGAGACUCUGGGGGAGUCAGUAGCUCAAUUACAUGCUUAUUGGUAUAACGCAAAUCCUAUGGAGGUACCUUAUGAGAGAAGUCAGUUAUCGGAAGCAUAUAUACCUAUUGGUCAGGGAGAUUUUUAUUACCAUGCUGCUGUAUUUGGUGGCACUCCCAUUCAGGUUCUCAAUAUUGCUAGGGAGUGCUUCAAAGGAAUCAUGAUUGACAAGAGGAAUAACAUUGAAGCAGUGUGGCAUGAUGAAAGUCACUUAAACAAGUAUUUCUUUCUCCAUAAACCCACUAAACUCUUAUCACCAGAAUAUUGCUGGGAUUUUGAUAGAAAACGAAAUCCUGAUAUAAAGUCUGUCAAACUCUAUUGGGCUAUUAAGAAUUAUAAAUAUGUCAGAGCAACAAUAUAACUUUAUAGCCCUUCCUUCAUGUUUCUGAAUUUAAGAGCACCUUUUAAUCUUAUUCCUUAGAAAAUUAGCAGUUGACAAAUUUUAGCACUAACAAAAUGGCAAGCCCACCAACACAGCAUUCUCAUACUUUCCUCACAUUCAUUUUGAACCAUAUAACAUGGGAUAUAGCAGUUGCAGAAUGAAUAUAUUGACAUCAGAUGGAAAUAUAGUGAUUUUAUAUCCUGUGUGAAUGUUGAGGAAAUAGAACAUGCUGGAUCACACCAAACAAAAUAGAAUCUGCCACAAGAAUAUGAAACCUGAAAUAUUUUUGUUGAUCCAAGUAGAUAUACAUUUCUCACAUUGUUUAAGGAGAGGGAUUAUCUAGAGGUGUGGAUAGAUAAAGUCACUGCAACUAUACUAGUAUACUUUCUAUGUAAAACUGUGAGGACGUUAAAGCUGCCGCCAGAUGGGCAGACAGUUACUUAGGAAACUUUGAGUCAUUCAAAACGAACUAUAUGUUUUAAAACUACAAAGUUGCUUGUCGUAAAAUCUAAUUAAAAGAAAAUAAAUAAAUAGAGAGAGAAAAUUGAAAGCCCCCCUCUAUUCUCCCUUGGAAAACCUAUCCCUCAAUAUUCCUUUUGUAUGAAUUAUAUACCCACCCAUGAAUACACAGACACACACACGUGUGCUUAUAUAAUAUUUUAUACAAAUUCACUUAUAUCACACGCAU